CGUAUGUUAGCGCAGGCUGGCGGCCGUCAAAUAACUCUCGAUAUCAGCCCGUCCCCGACAGCGAGGCCUCUCCUUCGACACGCCAUAAGCGACAGCAGAGCAGCCGUACAAAGCGUGCCUCGGCAUCGAAUCGACGCUCCUCCCGCCGACCCGAUUCUCAAGCCAGCGAUGUGUCUGAUGGUAUGGUAGCCCCGCUAAGAAUCAUAAAAUCACAUUCUUCUGAGCUGCAAGCAACGAACCAGCCUUCAGCAAAUCAAUCCACACAUCCUGCGGGAUACCAUGCCAUCGAGCCAGAAGAAGACCCAACAGUGCGCUUUGACGAGGCUCAACUAGCAAUGUUCGCCGCCGAUAACGCUUCCCGCAUGCCUAACAUUAAAGAUGAGUUGGCUUUGGCGGCGGGAAAAGUCACUCCCGGAGUCGACGAUACACCGUACAUUCAAUAUGCUCUGCAAGCUUUGGUGGGCGGUCAGGGCACAUCGAUACCGUCGCAUCUCGUAUCCAAUUCGUCUGACGGGUAUUCCGAACGCUAUGAGCCAAUGCGUGGAUUUGAUGAGUCCGCGGGAUACUCUUCGCCAACCCGUCGGGAUCGUAUAACGAGUGAGGCCGCCGCCCCAUCAGCUCCACUCAGGGGCCCUUCCCCUCCUCUUCAACUCCCACGACGCAGCACAGCUUCCUUUGACCCAACCGGGGCAAGCUCAUCACGAUGGAUUCCCGUUUCAAGCAAUAUGCAACAGGAUCUUGACCCUCAUGGCAGAACGCAUCAGCCACUCACCGUCAAACCGCAGAUUUUACGGGCAUUCUCAAUGAUAAUCUUGAUUAUCCUAAUUUUACUUAUGAUGGCUGCCCUCACCUUCUGCGAUAGAUACUCGACCUUCCAUUCAGGCUUGACUCCAUAUCCUGGCAGUAUAUAUUCGGCUCAGUACUUUGUAUUCCGGAUAUUGCCACAAUUAUUGGCCAGCAUUAUCUUUAUUUAUGCUCAAAGUGUAGUAAACGCUUCUUUACGAGUUCUACCGUUUACUGCAAUGGCCAGUGAGGACCCUCGAGUUAGAUAUCUGGGACUGUUUCAGAGAUUAUAUCCUGCUUCUUUUCUACUGCCCCAGUUCACUGGACCAUGGCAGUUUAAGAUUUUCGACGCUGCAACAUGGCUGGCUAUAUUUACGAUUCCCUUACAAAGCUCAGCUUUUACGUGUAUCUUUGUCAAUGAUGAGUGGGUUUGGGCGCCAGUUCAGGUGGUCGUUUGGGUGCUUGUUGGCAUCUAUGGCGUUCUGUGUCUCGCGGCAGUGAUUUUGAUGGCUUAUUGGAUCGUUCAAUGGACCGGUCUUGCCUGGGACAUUCGAUCGAUUGGAGAUCUUUUGCCAUUGCUAAACCGCAGCAAUGUCAUGCACAGCUAUAGACGCAACGAUCUUGCUGAAAACGCCAAGGUUUUUAAGAGCCAAUUGCGUGAGAGAUGGUUUGAUCGACUGGGGUACUGGAGAGCUGAAGAUGCGACCAUUGGAGGUAUCUGGUAUGCCAUUGGAGCCUCUCCCGAUGAAUCUUUUGAGUUUAUCUCUGGUACGAUGAACAAAAAGGGUAGCAACGACUUUUCUAUCGACCUGAAAGCGGCACAAAACUCUGCUCUUGGGGCUCCUCGUGGCAAAUACCUACCGAUACACCUCCGCAACGGCCCCAUCAUUGCGUCUGCUUCAGUCAGCUUUCUUCUACUCGUAGCCCUACUCAUCGUUUCCUUCUUGCCGCAAACCCGACUAGAGGAUGGCUUCUUGCCGAGACUAAGCGCAAUGCCUAACGACGACGCCUUUUCCCCAGCCAACUUUGUCUUCAGCUUCGUGCCCGCUUUAAUCGGCAUGAUCCUCUAUUUGUAUUUUCAAGGCAUCGAUCAGUCGCUGCGCAUUCUCCAACCCUGGGCCGACCUAUAUGAUGUGAACGGUUCUUUGGCGCAGAGAUCUCUUUUAGCAGACUAUGCAGCUUGUCUCCCCUUCCAGUCAACAUGGAGAGCACUGAGAAAUGGACACUGGAGAGUAGCGGCUGUGUCGCUGCUGGCGACGUUGUUUAUUUUCAUCUCAAUUCUAGGCGGCGGGCUCUUCAUGGCUUUAACAAGGCCUGAUCAAACGGUCCGAAUGUAUCCUAACAUGCCAGUGUUUGGCGUCUUGCUAGCAUUCCUGUUCCUCUACGUUGGCGGGCUAACUCUGAUGGUGCCCCACCGCCGCCAAUUCCUACUCCCGCGGCCGGUCAGCUCGAUCGCUGGAAUCAUCAGCCUCUGCUCUGCCGAGGAGCUUACACAAGAUGCUGCGUUUCGAUCCGUUCGAGGACGGAAAGACCUCGCAAGCCGGCUUGGUGUCGGACGCGACGAUGCCCGAGAAGAGAGUACGUGGUUCUUUGGCAUUGUGCCAGGAAAAGACGAGCACCGAUUGAGCGUACGGCGGAUGAACAAUUUUUCAGAAAAGCUGCCAAGGUCUUCUAGAUCCAUGGUUUGAUGAUAUUUUCCUCCUUAUUUUUUUCAUGUUAAAAGCCUGAAGAAGCAGAGCGUUUCUUUUCUUUUUCUUUUCUUCCUCUU